UGAGAUCAUUCACAGAUGGCCAACCGCCCUGAACCGGUUGCCACUCCCCCCUCAGUAGUGUCCAGUCCUCCGGUCACUCCUGUGGUCAUUACUCGCCAGUGCGUGGUCCAGAGAAGGUCGUCUUCCAACAUCCUCUCCGACAAACGUCUUCGUCAGACAACUGCAGGGUCGUCCCAACCGUUCUUCUUCGUAACCACCAGAGUUCCUCGAACUGCAAGGAUGAAGGUAGCAGGGUUCAUUCUGUCGGUGCUACUGAUGCACGUCCUGACUGUUCAUGGUGUGCCUGUAAAGGAAGCAUCACGAAAGGAUCGAGUCCGUGAAUUGGAUCCACCAUAUGAGUACCCAAAAGAGCCAGCAGCACCUGCGCCUGCGCCUGUUCCAGCACCUGCGCCUGUUCCAGCACCUGCGCCUGUUCCAGCACCUGCACCUGUUCCAGCACCUGCACCUGUUCCAGCACCUGCGCCUGUUCCAGCACCUGCGCCUGUUCCAGCACCUGCGCCUGUGCCAGCACCAGCACCCGCGCCUGUUCCAGCACCUGCGCCUGUGCCUGCACCUGCACCUGUGCCAGCACCUGCACCUGCGCCUGCACUUAACCCUGUUCCCGCACUUUCAGCUUAUCCGUAUCCCUCCUACCCAUCUUCCUACUCCUACCCAUCUUCUGCCUCAUCCUACCCAUCUCCCUCCUCUUACUCCUACCCAUCUCCCUCCUCCUACCCAUCUCCCUCCUCUUACUCCUACCCAUCUCCCUCCUCUUACUCCUACCCAUCUCCCGCCUCCUACCCAUCUCCCGCCUCCUACCCAUCUCCCUCCUCUUACUCCUACCCAUCUCCCGCCUCCUACCCAUCUCCCGCCUCCUACCCAUCUCCCUCCUCUUACUCCUACCCAUCUCCCUCCUCCUACCCAUCUUCUUACCCAUCUUCUGCCUCAUCCUACUCAUACCCAUCUUCUGCCUCCUACCCAUCUCCCUCCUACUCUUACCCAUCUUCUGCUUCAUCCUACUCAUACCCAUCGUCUGCAUCGUAUUCUCCUUAUCCAUCUUAUUAAAAGAAAAGCUUCAGGACUCUCACAUCCAAAAAUACCGAUAUGCCCUGCAGCAGCCUUGUUUCUGGUCAGAAUAGUAUAUGAGACAGUCCAUGAGAUGAUUG